AUGGUAGUGUUUAAGAAGAAGCUGAUCAAACGCAGCGGGGUGCGGCGCUCGCUCGACGACGACGAUAACGAGCUCAUUGUCUCCGGCACCACUGCCUCGGAGUCGGCGUUCACCGUGAAGCCAGUGCCUGCAUCGGAUGCUUCCGACAUGUCGGAAGUGCCGAAGCCGUCGGAACAAGCAUCGACGCCGGUGGUGCUUAAUCUUGAUGAUUUAGACGAAAGCGACGAUGAGACACCUCGGACGUUCAUGCCCAAAAACGACGAGAUCAAAAUAACUGCUCGAGACGUGGCUAAUGAGUAUGGCGACGACUACGAGGACGGCUCGGAAAACAAACUCCGGCGCGGCUACAGUGAUGAUGACGUCGGUAUCGAUAUUGAUGGCGACGACGACACCGCUGCCGCCGACUCUGGGCGCUACCACCGUGAGGUUGAUGCCGCGCCGCACCAGUUUCCUCGGGUACUUAACAUUCUGCAACAGAUCAGCUCUUUACAAAACAUGAGACGGCUUGCCGAGGCGAAAAAGCUCCAGCUUCAACAACAAGAGGCCGACACGUUGCGGCGCUUGGACGAGAUUGCCGCGAGAAAGCUUGAACUUCAACGGGAGCUUAGUUCGUGGUGA